AUGCCGCGUGGGUUCCUAGUGAAGAGGACGCACCAAGAAGGCCCUAUCUCGUACCGGAUUCGGGCACCACCGGAAGAACGCUUCCCAGCCUUGCUCCCGGGUGCCGCGGCCCAUCGAAAACAGCCCAGGGCUGGGGGGCUGCCCGAAACCCAGCUUCCCAGCUCGGCACCCCUGCGCCUCAUCAGUGCCAUUCCACUGGCCAGCUGCCAUGACCGGGGGCUCAAUUCUGGCUCCCCCGCGCCAGGAGAGUCAGCACCAGCAUGCACAUUGCAGUCUCCUGGUUCGGGUUCAGCCUGUGCUGGGGCCAAGCCAACGAAGAGGGCCAGUGUGGCCCAAGACGGCCGAGUUUUGCUGGGCGCCUUCAUCUGCCAGCUGUGCCAGGAAUCCUACCCCGGCCCGCUGGCCUUGGCACAACACUGCUGCUCCCGCAUUGCUCGGGUUGAGUACCGCUGCCAUGAGUGCAGCAAAGCCUUCAGCUGCCCCGCCAACCUGGCUUCCCACCGGCGUUGGCACAAGCCCCGAAACGGGGGGCACCCAGAGGGGACCAAGGAGAAUGAGAAUCCCAAGCCAGCCCGGGUCUCCAGUGCCCUGCUGCACCCUGAGCAUUCGGAGGGGAGUUACGGAUGCCCUCACUGCCCCAAACGCUUCCGACGGCGGGCCUACCUGGGUAAGCACCUGGCCCUGCACGCUGCCACCGGGACGGUGCUGUCCAAAAGCCAGCACCUGCGCGGCAACCUGGCCCCCCUCUCGGCUGCCUGGCUGAAAAAGUCGUGUUGA